GCGGCGUGUGUACAGCUGUGCUCGCAGUCUAAUGUGGCUCACCACAAAUAUAUCUCAUAUAGACGUUUGGACAGAAAUAAACUAAUACAACCGAUCGACUGGAAAAGCAACACCUUCUGUCCCCCACAAUGAGUGACGACACAGACUCCCCUCCAGAGAGGGAAAUGAAGGAUUUUCAGUUUCGUCAGAUGAAGAAAGUGAGAGUUUUUGAGUCCACUGAGGAUUUGCCCAAAGAAAGAUCCAGUCUGCUCACCAUCUCAAACAAAUUUGGUUUAACUUUUGUUGGGCUCGACAAAACAUUCAAAGUUUACCAAACUAAAGAUAUACUGGCUGCUGAUAAAGUCGACGGCAACUCAAACGAAAUAGUCCGUGGGAUAGCAGCACUGGCGGAGGUGACGGUGGAACUGACUGUGCACCACUUGGCUCUCAGUUGCGAUGAACUUACUUUGUCAGUAUGUGGCAUGUCUGAAGGGGCGGGUUUGUCCCUCACGUUCUACGAUGUCCGCACCUUUAUGAACAAGGCGAGACUACAGAAGUUGCCUUUUGCAUCGCUGCAAGCAGCCGUACCCUCUGGCACUUUAGUGCAAGACCUGAAGUGGAAUCCCGCUCAAGCAUCCACUUUGGCUGCCUGUCUGUCUGAUGGCAGUAUGAUGGUUUUGGAUGUCACUGACAGCGUCAAAGUGCAGGCUGAGCUACCUGCUUCAAGUGGCAUCACUUGCAUUUGCUGGAGUCCAAAAGGAAAACAAGUUGCUGCGGGAAAAAUGAAUGCCACAGUCAGUCAGUAUACACCAGCACUAGAAGAGAAGAAAGUUAUUCCAUGUCCACACUUCUAUACUUCUUCCUCUGAUGAACCUGUCAAAGCUCUGGAUGUGCUGUGGCUGAAAACCUUCGUGUUCGCAGUGGUAUAUGCUGCCGCAGAUGGGUCCCUUGAGACCCCGCCUGAGCUAGUUUUGAUCUCCCUCCCUAAAAAGGAUGAGAAGGUGGAGACAAAGUAUCUGAACUUCAGUGACACAGUGUAUGGCAGCUGCACCGAGCGACAACACCACUACUUCCUUAGCCAUGUAGAGGACUGGGACCUUGUGUUGGCGGCAUCAGCAGCCUCCAUUGAGGUCAGCGUCAUAGCCAGACAAGACGACAAGGUCUGGGAACUUUGGAUCCUGGAAGAUGCAAGUAGGGCUGAGCUUCCAGUGACCGAGACAAGUGACGACACUCUACCCCUUGGUUUAGCCAUCGACUACACCAACCAGCAGGAGAUCCACAUCUCUGAUGAGAAGACCUUACCCCCUGCACCUGCUAUGCUAAUGCUAUCCACGGAGGGACUGCUCUGCCCAUUUGCUCUGCUGAACCUCAAUCCUGGGGUUAAGCAACUGGUCUCACCCCCUGCCCUACUCUCCUUGGAGGGAGAGAGACUGCCCAAGCCAGGUUCUUUGGCAACCCAACCACCCAAAAUUGCUGCCUCCAUCCCAUCUGCCCCAGCAGCAUUCCCAAACCUCGGUCUUACUUCAGCAGCUGCUUCCACUCCUCCACCUCCUGCUGCCUCCACUGCUCCAUUCAGCAUUGUUCCUACAGUUCCUGUGUCAUCUUCAUCAUCAGGCUUCACUUUCUCAGUCCCAAGUACCUGUUCCACAUCAGCCGCUCCAGCUUUCUCCCUGGGGGGAUCCACGCCUUUUGGCUCAGGAUCCUCAGGAUUCUCCUUUGCCUCCAAACCUCCUUCUGACACUCCCUCAGCACCUUCAGCGUUUUCUUUCAGCACGCCUUCUGUCAAACCAUCAGCAGUGGCAGCCCCAGCACCAGCUCCAGCUCCAGCUCCAGCUCCUGCUCCAGCCCCAGCCCCAGCCCCAGCUCCAACACCUCAGAGCCUUGCUACUGCUUCCCCACCUACAGUGAAACUGAAUCUAAAUGAGAGGUUUUCAGCAGUGGAGACCCCAGCACCAGCCCCACAGUCUUUCUCCUUCAAUUCUCCACUUCCCAAAACAGCUGUCUCCGGUUCCAGUGGUUUGACUGCCCCUCCAGUCUCAGUCACUAAGCCACCUGCUGUAUUAGCCCCAGUGCGUCCAGUUCAAACCAGCACGCCACCCGCAGUUGUCCAGAAACCUACUCCUGCUCCCCAGGGCCGUGUCCAAGCUCCUCAGGCAGCUGUUAGUGUGAAAGCCCUGGAGAAGCAGCUACAGCAAAAGAAAGACUCGGAUCACAUUAUGGCUGCUAUAUUGGAAGAGAUUGCACAUUUCCAGAAGGAGCUGGAUGACCUUAAGGCAAGAAGCACAAGAGCUGACUUCAAGGUUGGCACCAUUGAAGAGAUGAAGGAGUUGAGGAAGGAGUCGGAGGACCUCCAUAUUUUCACCCUGGAAAUAAAGGAAACUACAGAGUCUCUCCAUGGGGACACUGGGACUUUGAAGACCACCUUGUUGGAAGGCUUUGCUGGGGCAGAAGAGGCCAUAGCCCAGAGUGAGCUGAGCAGAGACAGAAAUUACAGACAGCUGCUGUACAAAAAACCUCUGGAUCCGCGCAGUGAGGAACAGCUCAAGGAGAUUCGCAGGCUGUACCAAUAUGUGACGUUUGCUGUGGAAGAUGUAAAUGAUGUGUUGGAUGUUGAAUGGGAGAAACACCUGGAGAAAAAGAAAAAGCAGAAACAUAUGGUUGUGCCCGGGCGUGAGGGCCUGUUCACCACACUGUCCAAUAACCUGUACAUCAUCAACCAGCAAAAGAAAAGAUUGGACCAGUUGGUUAAGCAGCUCACUGCACUGCGGCUUUACAACAAGACUACCACCCCAACUAUCAGCUGCAACACUGCUACAGCAACUGCUACUGGUUUGGAAAGUGAGCUUGAGAGUUUAAGGGACUCGCUUUUGAAAGCCAAAUUGGACACUACCCCUACCAAGGCCAAAUCCAAAUCUCCAGUCAAGAUAUCACCAGCAAAACAGUCCCAGCUACGUAACUUCCUCUCAAAGGGGCAGAUGCCUCCUGUCCGCUCAACUGCACCAGCCAACCUGUCUCGCUCUGCCUUCCUUUCACCUAAAUACUACGAGGACUUGGAUGAUGUGAGCUCUACCUCCUCCCUGUCCCAGUCCCUGGAUCCCCAUCCUGCUCACUUGGAGCUGGAGGAGGAGGAACUACAGCCAGAACCCCUUCCCAUGCCUGUCAUACCCCCAGCAUUGUCCACCCCCCGCCACCCAACAGUUGUGAGAACCCCCUCUAUCCAGCCAGGCUUCGGAGCCAUCCAGUCCACCCCUUUAACCAAAAUUCACUCAGUGCAAGGCAUGGGCUUUGGACUCAGCCCUAUUGCCAGCCCUGUUCCAACCAAUAAGAUCAACCUCAGCGGGGCCGAUAGCACUGCUCUUGCCACAAAGACAGUAAAACAUGGAGCCCCACCGACUGAGAGGACCAUACCUGUCACCAUCCCUGCGCAACAGGCUGCAGCCACUGCCGCUCUCCGAAGGCAAAUGGCCAAUCAGAAGACAGCUGUUGUUAGUACUUCAUUGACAGAGUCCACGCUGAAGACUGUUCCUCAGGUGGUCAAUGUUCAGGAGCUCAAUGACAAAGGGUCUCCUGUGCCAGUUUCCAAUAUCAUCAGUUCAUCAGUACCAGAUCCAACUGCUCAAGUCUUUGCAACAGUUUCUUCCAACCAGGCUAAACGAAAUCCUACCCCGAAGAUGGCAACUGAAAGUACAACCACCCCACAAUCAAGCUUCGUGUUUGGUCAACCGUCCAAAACUGAUGUGUCUGUGGUUCCUGCUAGCUCAGUGGAGCAAAGCACCAACAAAGGUUUCUCCUUCGCUUCAGGGUCCACAGGCUUCAGUUUUGCCUCAGUUGCACAGGGAGCUGGAAUGUCACAAGGAAAGGACGGAAAUAAAUUUUCCUUUGGUGGAAAUGGCAAGAUGGUGUUUGGCCAGACUGGAGAGGAGGCAUUCUCCCUCAUCCCAAAGUCCGCCUCCCCUGCUCUAGGCACUGGGUCCCCCACCCUGCCUGCAAACCCGCCAGGCGAAGCAGCUAAAACCACCUCUACCACAACUGCCCUGAGGAUAGAGCCACAACCCCCCAAGACAAUAGGAGGAGAGACUCUGGGCAGUUUUUCUGGACUACGUGUGGGUCAAGGAGAAGAAGCAAAAGAUACCUCCACCAAACCCACUACUGCUUCAUUUACCUUUGGAGACACUGGACUUGGGCUGGGAAAAGGAGCAGCACAGUUUAGCUUUGGUGCAGGUCUCCAGAAGUCUGCUGAAGAUUCUACAGGAGCAGACUUGUCCAAGGGGGCAGCAUCAGGCAGUUUGUUCAAGCCUCCUGAAUCAAAUACCAAGCUGGCUUUCUCUGUUCCCCAGUCUGGCUCAACUGCCUCACCUUUACAGACGUCUUUCAGUAGUCUUCUUGCAACAUCUUCAGACUCCUCAGAGGAACCAAAAGCUCCCCCACAACCUUCAGAACCCACACCACCCCCUGAAAAGGAAUCUCCUGCUGAACCCGCUGUAGAGAGCGCCAGUCCCCCUGUAGUACCUGAGACUGCAGGGGAUGCAGCCAAUGCAGAAAUCCCUGCAGCCAAACCAACACCUGUAGUACCAACACCCGCAGCACCAACACCCGCACCUCCUUUGGCUACAACUUCCCCCGCUCCAGAUCCUCCCUCCUCCAUCGCCGCACCAACUGAAGCCACCCCUCCAUUACCAGUCAGCGCUGCUCCCACAAUAGAAGCCACCACAGAUACCGCCGCCACCACCACCACCACUGCUCCCGGACCCACUUUAGUUGUUGCCACACCUGCUGUGGCCCCAGUCUCCCAGGUAGCACCAGCAGCAUUUCAGGUUCCCAGUUCUGACAAACCAGGCUCCAUUUUUACUCAGCCUGCUCCUGCAACAACAGACAGCUCUUCCCUUGGAGUCACACCAGUUAUCAACACAGUUGCCCAUGCAACCACCACUCCCACCCCUACUGUUGUUAACAGUGUAACAACUACAGCUACUAGCACUGUGUUCGGGCAACCUGCUGCACCUCCAGCUUCCUCAGCCCCCGCGGCUGCCUCUGCCCCAGCAAUCACAGGAUUUGGCUCAUCAGGGUUUGGUACAUCAGCUGGAACUGGUUUUGGCAAAUCUGUGUUUGGCCAGGUGAGUGGCUUUGGCCAGCCUGCCAGCAACACUGGAACAUCAAGUGGCUUUUCUUUUGGCCAGUCAACAUUUGGAGCAAGUUCUAGUAGUGCAACUACUGGAGGAGGCCUUUUUGGUGCUUCUACUGCUAGCAAUGCAAGCUCCUUCUCCUUUGGCACAAGCAGCGCCAACACAGCCAGCAGCACCGGCUCGGGGCUGUUUGGACAAAGCACAGCUCCAGCAUUUGGCCAGAGCUCUGGAUUUGGGCAAGGGUCAGUGUUUGGGAGUAACACCACCACGUCAUCAUCUACAGGAUUCAGCUUUGGACAGCCGUCAGCUUUUGGUUGCUCUGCUGCCACCCCUGUGUUUGGCCAACAAUCCAGCAGUGGGAGUGUGUUUGGACAGCAGCAGCCAUCAUCUGGUGGGGGCCUGUUUGGCUCCAGUUCAGCCAAUACAGCAGGCUCAUCGGCUGGUGGAGGAUUCUUCAGUGGCCUGGGAGGCAAACCGACCGAGGAGGCUGCCAACAAGAACCCAUUUGGCACCACCGCCUCAACUGGAGGGUUUGGGCAGUCUGCUCAGACCGGUACCAACAGUCUAUUUGGGAAUAGUGGUGCCAAGACCUUUGGUUUUGGACAGGCCUCCUUUGCUGAGCAGAAACCUAGUGGGACCUUCAGCACUGGAGGAGGGAGUGUCGCAUCUCAGGGCUUCGGCUCCUUCUCUACUCCGACAAAACCAGGUGGAUUUGGCAGCCCUCCAGUGUUUGGGAGUCCUCCCUCCUUCGGUGGCUCCCCAGCAUUUGGUGGUACAGCAGCGUUUGGCUCCAGCCCUUCAUUCAGCAACACCAUUGGUUCCUCGGGUGGCAAGGUGUUUGGAGAGGGAACAGCAGCUGCCAACAUGGGAGGAUUUGGGUUUGCCCCACCCCCCAGCGGCCCGUCUUUUGGUGCUCUGGCUAAUCAGAACACUCCGUCAUUCGGGAGCCUGGCCCAGCAGGGCUCUGGGUUUGGAAGUCAGCCCAGCGGCUUCUCGGGCUUUGGACAGCAGCCACAGGGAGGAGGAUUCACUGGAAACACCUUUGGGGCUGCAAACCAAUCAAGCUCACAAACAUUUGCCGGUUGGAGAAGCUAGUUUUAUUAAACCUCCAUGAGCUACAGUACAUUCUGCAAUCAAGCCCUUUGUGCCACAUAAUGGGAGGAGGGAAAGGGGAAGACUGUGUUGCAUUUGGUUUCUAUGCAGGAAACCUGUGUGUUUUAGAACAAAAAAAAAUUUUCAAACAGCUUUCGGAGUGCAGUUCAUUUUCUACGUACUGUCUUUAGUUAAGAAGUUUAUGUGGUGAUACUUGGUCUUAAUAUUUUCGUUGGACAAGAGAAUCAAGUACUGACAUCCAUAUAAACAGAAGACAGGUCAGCGUGAGGUACCGGGAGAAAAAGGAUUUUCUGCUAUGAAAUGCUAGCAAGCGCUAAGAAAUAAUCAUUUUGUUGUGACGUUUUUCAGAAAAUGUACUCAUGUACACUGUGACACCGUACAUGUCACAGUGUACAUGAAGUUUACAGACUUCAGUAUCAUGCUCUCAGUCAUCAUAACAUUCAUACUCCAGAACAAUGUUGCCUUCUGUCUGACAUUUAAAAAUCUUAGUUUUUGCACUUGGAAACGUCACAGUGUACAAAAGGUUUUCAGCUUUACUUCUGAACAUUUCACUCUUUCAUCAGCAUGGCUACAUAAAGCACUGUCUAAUAUCCAGGUGUCUAACUAUCUGCAUAGACUUUGUGGAAAAGAUACACCCAUGUAGAAUGUACCAAAAUUCAACAAACCUAGCAUAUUCAGCUAUGAGAAAAGGAAGUGUGAUUUGAAAUGAAAAAAAAGUUAUAUUUUUCUUUUCAAAUAAUUUUUGCAGUAAAUCCCCUCUUGAUGUAUAUUUUUACACAAAAAAACUGGAAAUAAAAUGUCUCGAACUAGU